AUGUCUUCUGGAGCCAGAAAGUCGCCGCGGAUCGAGGACUUGAUCUCUACGGAGGAUGACACUCUCGGAUCCUCCAUAAGCCUGAGCGUCGGAGAGAACUCGGUGCGCAUCAAGGAUAAACCUAAAAUUACCAAGGAAGCUGAACAGUCAUCGGCCGACAAGAAAGACGCGGCAGAUAAAUGGUGGUUGAAGAGGCCCGAGAUUCGUCUGGGGAUCCUCGGUGCCAAGAACGCAGAUGCAAAAAUGAAGCAGUCUCCUACUCCUUCGUCGGAUGUCAGCUCUUCUAUGAAAGAAUUUCUUGAGAAGGAGAGAAUGUGCAAGGCGAUAUCCAAAAGCGAAGGAGAAGUGAAAGACAAAGAUGACACGUUAUGUGAUAUUCUCGCGUCUGCGGCUUUCGAUAAAUAUCCAUCAGACUUUGAAAAUGCCACUGACGAAGACAUCGGUAGCAUCUUAGAAGAGAUGAGCAAGAUUGCUGGGGCAUUAAGUCCUAAUUCAUGCCCUGAACGUACAAAGUCUGGUGGCUCUAGUAAGAAUCCUGAAGAAGAAAAAUCUGUAGAAGAGUUAUUAGAAGAAGCUGAGAAAUUAGUUAGGAAAAAUUGCAACACUCUGUCGAAAAGCACAUCUAAAUCUGACUUAAUGCCAGAAAAUCAAGAUGAGAGUUUGAAUCGAGUGAGGCAAUUAGAAGCUGAUAUUUUUCAAUUGAUAGAGGAAGAAGUGCACAAGGAAACAGAGAAAAUUAAGAGGAGCCCGAAGAACGAAAAGAAACGGGAGAACAGUCCCGGAUUUGAAGUUGUUUAUGAAAAUCUGAAUAAUUUAAAACCACCGAAGACGCUAGAACUUCAAAAGAGGAAGUUUGAGGAACAGAAAGUUGAGAUAUCAAGCAGUUCCGAUUUGGACGAUCCAAUCGAGAGGCAUUCCAAGUCCGAGGAAUUGAAAAGCGCAAAGAAAAUCGAAAUGGAGAAAGAGAAUUUACAGAAAGAGAUCACGGACGUGGACAAAGACUUUUUUGAAGAUUUGUUGAGAAGGUCUAAAGAAAAAGCAGAGGGCGGAAUGUCCGGAAGUUCUAGUUUCGGACAAGAAGAUUUCUCGCAUUUUUUGAAGCUACUUCAAGGACAGAAUACGGACAAAAUAGAGCCGGAAUCAAAAGAGCCUAACGCGGUCUAUGAUCUCUUUCUAAAAUCCAAUGGCGAAGUAACAUCUAAAGACGAUCAAUUAGUUAGUGGCAAAACCCCAGAUUUUCCAGAAAAAGAAUUCUCCGAAAUAUUGGAAAAGGAAUUACCAGCCGUAAACGGCGCACAUGUAGAUCAUGAAAUUAAUGAAAGCGAUUCCAGUGCGAGUGAAGGACGUCAUAAACGAACAACAAAUCCUUUAUCAGGCGGGGCAACGUUCUUAAAACAUUCCAGUAACGAAUCUAAAAAAUCGAAAGGCGCAGAGAGGGAAGGUAAAAAUGUGACAGAGGUCAAUAAGAAGGCGAUUGAUCCCGAAGGUGAAUUGUAUACAGUAGGAUUGACGCCGAGAUUGGAAUUAUUCGCGGAUGCGAUACCCAAACUCAUAGCUGAAAAGUUAAAUGAAAAUGUUGCAAAGGAGAAGCAGGAAAAAGCAGAUUCAGUGAAUAAGGAAUCUACGUGCUCAGACACGAAGAUUGAAACAAAAAUGGAAAAUUUAUAUGCCGCUAAAGUAAAAUCAAAGGAUUCGAUGGAAUCCGUGCCUCAUCAAGAACUGGCUGAUCACGGCGUUUCGAAAAAAGCAAUAGAAGUACCUAAAACUGACCGUGUCGUUAGUGCACCGAGCAAUAAGCAAUUAAAAAAAGAGAUACGAUUCUGUAAGUCUAAGAGUUACGAUCAAAUAUGCCACCCUCCAACCUUAAGAGGCUCUCUCGAAAAUAUUAGGAUUAACAAAGCGUUGGAGGUGUCUAAAAAACCUGUAAAUUCGGUUUCUAAAAAAUCGUCGAUGGUAAAGCCGAAAAUACAAACCCGGCCGAUUCCCAAAGCUACACCGAAAUCCAACUCGUCCCUGAAAUCAAGACUGGAUUCCGUUAAAGUCGGUUCUAUGUCCAAUUUGCCGGCUGCGUGUAAAGCACCUCAGAUGAAAUCGCCCGACGGUUACAAGAAAAAUUUUAUGGCUGCCGGAGAUUCGAAACAGAUUCCAAUGAAACGCGAUUGGGAAAUGUUGUGUCGCGAAGAAAGGCAUAAGAAUGCGCUGCUGAAACAACAAUUAGAAUCCGAGGCAAAACUAUAUAAGAGUCAAAUUGAGGACAUGCGUACAUCCUUCGAAGGAGAACUGUUUGCCUUAAAGAAGCAGAAUAUAAUUCUGAAGGCAAGAGUUGACGAGAUGUCUUUGAAUGAGAGGCGCGCGGAAAUUCCGGCGAAAAACGACACGAAGAUCGCUCUUUUAGAACAGGAAUUAGAAAAACAGGAGAAUCUGAUUCGUGCUUAUGAGACUGAAAAUAAAAAACUUAUGCAGGAUACGAAACGUAUGCAAGAAGAAUUGAAGAAUUUGCAGUCUAAGCAGAAGAGCACGGUAUCAGAAACGAAUCAGAACGACGUGCAACAGUUCGCCGAUCGGAUAAAGGAUCUUCAGGAAGAAACGUUGAAACUAAAUUUUGAGGUCUCUGAGCUGAGGGAAAAGAAUGCCGAUUACUUAUUGAAGAAUGACGACUUAAUUCAGCAAAACAGCUUGCUCACGGACGAAUUGGAUAUGUUCAAGGAACAGCUAAGAGCAAAAAAUAAUUUUAUUACGGAUCGACUGCAAGUGAUGACUACCACAGAGUUGGAACUUAAAAAGCAGAUUGAGGAUUUGGGUAUUAAAUUAAACUCAAAGUCGGAACAGUUACGAGUGACGAGGCAGGAGCUAGAGAAACUUCAACAAAAUGUGUUGCCCUUGGAGAAGGAACUGUUGGAACUCAGAGUCAGAGAGGGAAAUCUUCAGGAAAAAUUACAGAUAAGCAAGAGCCAUGUCGAGCGUGAAAAGCAACUGAGCCAGCGGCUUAAGGAUCAGGUUAUUCUGGACAAUAAAAAGGUCAUGGACCUGAAUAGACAAGUGCGCGAGUUGGAGCGUAUACUCAAGAGGAAGAAUCCCGAUUCGGUUUCAGCUCUUAUUUUGACCGCCAAUUCGGAACAGGAUAAAAUCGGUUCCGAAAAAGUAAAGCUCCUGGAGGAGAGGAUAACGAGUCUCGAGAACGAGAUUAAAACCAAAGAGGCCAUCGCGCAACAGAAUCUGGUUGAUUUGCAGAGGAAAUUCACUGACAUGAAGGAGAAAUACACGAUACAGGUACUGGAGCUGGAGGCGAAAUUGUUGGAGGCUAGCACGAAGGAACAUAAGUUGUAUAACGACAUGUUCACGCAAACGACGUUCAGAUACGUCGAGAGCAAGAACGGAGAGAACAAUAAGAGAGACGACAGAACAUCAGCUGAAGAUAAGAAAGACCAGAAAACGAUGAAGAUUGGGCCAAAGUCUCAAAAUCCGAAGGAAGACGCACAUCUCCUUGCUACCAUACGAGGCCUAAAAUUGGAAAUCGCGAACAAGGACAAAGCGAUAUCGAAGAUAACUAAAGAGUAUCAGGAACUCCAGAAGACGAAUCGACGGCUGCAGAAGGAGCGGGAGAAACUACUGAAUGAUCGUAGGAGUUUCAGGAGCAUGGAUUUUGAUAGAGCGUUCCGAGGAAUGAAAAACGGUGAAGGGAACGAUCAGAAUUCAAAUGUUUAUCAGAACGGGCAUGUUUCCGAUUCGCAGAGAUUGUCGUCGUCAACGCCAAAGUUAUACGAUCCCUUGCAGUACACGGAGAAUGGCAAGAACGGAAUCAUAAAAAAAUUGACUAACGAAAAUGACAUCUUGAAGGAGGAGCUUAAUAAGAUGAAUAAGGACUUUAUGGCGUUAAAGAGCAAGAGGUUGCACGAUUUGAAUCUCUUGCAAGAAGAACACGAGCGGGAGAUGGCUACUCUCGUGAAAGAGUACAGCGUCAAGAUCGGAGAUUCUAAAGUGGUAAAGUUACAGGGUCAGAUUAAUACUCAGGGAGCAAUCAUAUCGCACUUAAAGGAGCAAAUCGAAAAGUUUAGAGACUACAAGGAGCAGGUAGUUAUAUUGAAGGCUGAAAGGGAGCAUUUGGAAAAUAAGGUGAAGGCGUUGACUGAAAAAGUGGAGUAUUUAUCGACGCCGGGAACAGAACAGUUGCAAUUGCUACAGGACAAGAUCACGAUUCUCCAACAACGGCACGAGAGUAGAGAGAUGACCUUGCAGACGUUAGUUCGCGACUUGUUGAGGAGUAGAACGCAGUGCAAAGACUGCAAGAACGAGAAGGGCAAAAAUCGACAACUCUGCUACUUUCGACAAGAACUCGAUCAUAUCUUAGGGAUGCUACAGGAGAUUGCUAAUAUCCAUUGAUAUUGCUGAGUUGAAGUCAUCCCUAAAUAGUCACGCAGCGUAUUUGAUGGUUCUUGAUUCGUUCAUCGAAUAUUGUGAUAAUUUUUAUAGGAUUAAGCGAUGUAGCUUAAAUAAUUCGAGAGAUAUUAGCUAUUGAAGUAUAGAUAUAGAUGCAUAAACGCGUUCGUUCGCGAUACUCAGCCAAAACGUUUGGUCGAUAUUUCCAUCGACUCUUCCAAGAUUAAUGACAACUAUUGCAAUGUGCAAUCUUUUUUCUUGCGUCCGUGACACCGUUUAUUUUGCGAGGUCAUCUAGAGCCCCGCAAAUGACUCGGUAGGCCCGGAUCACUGCCAAAGAGAGAAACACUAUCGCGUAACCAGCCAUAGCGUACAUAAUGACGAACGAACGUACGUUUAAACUAAUUACAACUUUUUCCGCUCUCUCUCCAUCGCCAAUUUUCUUGCCACGUGCGCGCAAUGUCUGGGAACACUGCCCGCUGUUAGCAUAAUCGACUUUAUUGAAUCAAAAAUUAAUUUUUAGAAUAAGUCAUACACUUUUAGGAUUAAAUAUUUUUUUAAUUAUUUAUUUAUUGACCGCGAAUGAAACAGCGUGGCUGCUCGCAACAUUUUUUCGAUCAAUGUUGCUGCAGCUUGUUUUCUUAUAAUAAAUUAUAUAGCAUAACGAUUGGAGGGAGGAAAAAGAAAAAGUAGUAAAGUUAUGUAAAAAGAAUCUUCGUAAGAGUUUCUUCCAAAGUUAAAUGACAUCUAGUUUUUUACGGAUAAUUUUUUUGUGAAACUUUGCUGUACAUAAGCGUAUAAGAGAUAAGUCAUUGUAUUUAUUUCGGAUAAUAUUCCGCAUCGGUUUAUUCGCGAUCAACGAAGUCGAGUCGAUCGAUUAUAUCAUGUAUAUCAUAUUGUAAGUACUCUAGUUUAUUACUACUGUUGCCAAGCCUAGCUGGUGAUCUCGUCAAAUAUAGCCUUAUUCGUAUGCGUACAUACAACAAACGCAAACACACCGCACAAAUCGAUGUGACCGAGACUUGAAAAAAUCAACAAUAGAAUGUCUAUCUUUUGUAUAUUCAAUGCAAAGUCUGUACAUUCUUCAUAAUAAUUCCUGAGACUCGGUUAUGUUGAAAUACACACAAUCACAUCCUUUUUCUAAAUAGACUUAAGCUUGUCACACGCGAUGUACAAAAUCCAAAAUUAUAAAUUUAAUAAAUCUUAAUCUUUCGCCGAA